ACCUCAACUGUGUUACUGAUAGAGGAAAUAAGAAUGUCUUCGCUUGACAGAGUAAAAGUAUUAGUCCUGGGGGAUUCAGGUGUUGGCAAGUCGUCUUUAGUUCAUCUCUUGUGCCAUAACCAAGUUUUGGGAAAUCCUUCAUGGACUGUUGGCUGUUCAGUGGACGUCAGGGUCCAUGACUAUAAAGAAGGCACACCGGAAGAGAAGACGUACUACAUUGAACUGUGGGAUGUUGGAGGCUCUGUGGGAAGUGCAAGUAGUGUUAAAAGCACCAGAGCUGUUUUCUACAAUUCGGUUAAUGGCAUUAUUCUAGUUCAUGAUCUGACCAACAAAAAAUCCUCUCAGAAUCUGUAUCGCUGGUCAAUGGAGGCAUUAAACAAAGACUCUUCUCCAACAGGAGUCAUCGUGUCGAAUGGGGAUUAUGACAGAGAGCAGUUUGCAGACAACACCAUCCCUCUCCUGCUAAUUGGCACCAAGUAUGAUCAGAUCCCUGAAAACAAGAGGAAUGACGUCCUGACUCGCACUGGUUUCCUGUCUGAAGACUUCAACGCGGAGGAGAUCAACCUUGACUGCACAAAUCCACGCUACUUUGCUGCUGGCUCAUCUAAUGCUGUAAAGCUGAGCAGGUUUUUUGACAAGGUUAUAGAAAAGAGAUACUUCAGCAGAGACCCGAGUCAAAUGACGGGCUUCACAGACAGGAAGCGGUUCAACUUCAAGAGUCUUCACUAUGACUGAGUAUCGAGAAAUAACACAGGCUUGUGGUUUUCAUCCUGCGUGGUUUAUGAAACUCCCCUUUUACUAUAUCUGUGUGUUUUUUGUGCAGGUGGCCCUGGGUGUGUUUUGUGAAGGAACAUGACUUAACUGACCAUUAAAAGACGUCUUGUUUCUUUUAGUGUGAGAUUUUCAAAGUAAAAUUGCAGAAUAAGACUAAAUUAAGGUGUGUUUACGUAUUUUACAUGUCCACCCAUUUUAUACAUGCUCUUCCCAGUUAAGUAUUUGCAUGUGUACAAUGUGAAAAUGUUAAACAUAGACUGACAAGGAGUCUGUAUUUUCUUAAGUUUUGUUCAAGCUUAAUUCAAACACCCAGGUACCUGUUCUGAAUACACCUUUUAUGAGCCACAUAAUACACUUGCUCACACAAAAUAAUUUCUCUGUAUCUGCUACGUAGGAUAAACAAUGAUUUAUCAUUUAAUGAAUUUUUUUUUGUUGUUACUUAAUACUGUAAUUUAUGCAGUUUUAUAAAUUGACAUACUUGCUAUAUUAGCA